AUGUCCGCCGCUCGCGCUUCGACUUCCCAUAGAACCGUUACCCCAAAUUCGGACGGCGCCUCGGGGAUGCGCAUUGCGAACGCGUAUGAUGAGCUUUUGGCGCGCGUUGAAGGUCCUUUGGGAAAAUUCAAGGGCGAGGCGCCAGACGUGAUGUCCGUGCAGCUGCUCGCGAGCCUGCUGUCCGAAAUGAGCGACUCUCCGCCGUUCCCCUCCUCCCCGUUGCCAUCCCCCCGCUCGCCUUCCGCUCUCCACUCGCUACAUCCCGUCGCAUCGCCGCGGCGCGCUGUCCUCCCCCCAGAACGAGCACACCAUGCGAAAUGCGCGGCCCGGUGCGAGGACGGGAAUAUAGCGCCUGAUGCAGCAGUAGCGUCUUCGGGGGUUCCCUCAGGGAUGCGCAUGGGCGCACGCUGCAGUGAAGUUGCGCCCGCGGCGGAUGCGCGCCUACGUGGGGCGGACGCUCGCGACUUUCCGCUUGCGCGCGCAUUGGCGGAACUGGAAGCGCAGGACCGCGCGCGGGAAAUGGCGACCGCAGCGACACGGCGCGCAGCACCUCGCAAUGCGCGGGAUUCGGAACGUGCGCACACGGGCGACGGGGAGGCGCGAGUGGUCGGAACGACGGGAUCGGACUCUAGCGCGCACAACAUGUCAGAAACAUCCGCGGAAGCACGCCAUAGCAACCAAGCGCGUGGCGACGGCGGAAUAGAAGACAUCAUCGCGCAUCUUCCGCGCUCCAACUCCGCGUCUCUCGCCUACGAAACACAGGAAAUCCCGCGGAGAAUUGACUCUCGGCGGGGGGAAAGCGAUGGAUGCGCCUUUUCCCCCCGAAGCGGGACUCUGGUAGGCAGAGGCGCACGCGCAACGCGGGCGGACGGCGCGAGUGGCAGCAGCAGCAGCAGCAGCUUGGACGGCAGCGCGGCGCGUUUCAGCGCGUUCGAAGCGAGUCGAGAGGCCAUGGUGCGCGCCCUCACCGCUCAUCUGCGCCGCCCCUCCGCGGAGCCUGCCUCCCCGCACGGGCCCAGCACCAGCGGCGCUCUCUCCGAACCUGUUCAUGCACGCAGCAUGACAGCGAGCGGCGGUCGUUCCGCCAUUCGCCCGCGGACGAGUGGCGGCGAGCGCGGCGAGAGGGCCAUCGCUGGCGGAGACGGAUGGGGCGGAGCGGCGGAGGGGCGGACGUGGGGCAGCAGGGCGGAGCGCGUGCGACGGCGGCUGGUGGGGAGCGCAGGAGAGCAGGGGGCCACAGUAGGAAGCAGAGAAACCGCAGGCGGAGCGGGGGUGGUAACGCAGGGAGGGGGCGGCAUGGGGCAGUGGAGUUAUCCUGGGGUCUGGAAUUCAGGUGCUGUGGCAGGCGCGGUGGGCGGCGGAGGGACAGGAGGCGCAGAGGCUGGGGGGAUGGUAGGGGGGGGCGGUCGCAGUGGCGUGGCGGAGAGGUGGCAGGCAGGAUCCGCGCAGCAGCGCAUGGGUCCCCCCGCUCCCAGAGUGGCAGGCGGAUGGAGUGGCGCUGCUGCCUUUCGCGCUCCACCCACUGCUGCUGCUGCUGCUGCUGCUGCUUCUGCUGCUGCUGCUGCAUGCGCUGGCGAUGCUGGUACUAGUAGCGGUGCUGGUGGUGGUGUUGCGGGUGGCUGGGCAGGCGUGGCGGAUGGCUCAGAGGCAGCAGGAGCGAGACCAGAUGGACCAGGUCCGACUGGCUGGUCCACGCACGCUGCUCUCCCUCCUGCUUCUGCCUCCUGGCCUCCCCCCAUCCCCCGCCUCCCCCACAUGCCCCUCUUCCCUCACUCUGCCUCCAUGCCUCUCCCCCCCCACUCCGCCCCCUUGCCGCUCCUCCCCCACUCCGCUCCCAUACCCCUCACGCCCCACUCCCCACCGCCAUUCCUCCCCCACGCGCAACCCAUCCCCCUGCGGCCCCACUCCGCGCCCGCAACAGCGUUCCCCCACUCCGCCUCCGCCCCUCGCGUUCCCCAUGCCCAAGGCACGCCUAACUCCCGCUCCGCCACACCCCUGCCAGGGCAGCACCCAGCAUCCACGACCUCUCUUGCUCCCGCUAUUAGCCCACUUUCUCUCGCCAACAAUUCGUUUGUGGCACACAGGAGGCCAUUCGCGCCCUCCCUCCAAGGGGCCUGGCACGUGGGGGCAGCAGCGGCAGAGGGCACGGCAGCAGGAGCAGCAGCAGGUGCAGAAGGUGCAGCAGCAGCGGGAGCAGCAGCAACAGGCGGCAUGGGAGUGGAGGAGGAGAUGAUGUGGGGCGAGUUUGACGCCAUGCUCAUGGGUGCACCCGCCAUGCAUGCGCACAGCACGGUCGUGAACCCCAUGGCUGCACACUUCAUGCAUGCGCACGGUACAGGUGGGGACCCCAUGGGUGCUCACUUCAUGACUGCGCGCACUACAGGUGGGGACCCCAUGGGCGUGGUGGGCCCCUCGGGAGGUCAUCCCAUGGGGGCGGCAUGGAGCGGUGCCAUGGUGCAUGUGGGUGUCAUGGGCCCCGUGCAAGCACACCUCCCUCUUGCCGCCCACGGCACGGGCGGUCACUCACUUGCCGAGUUGCACACAGUGCCAGUGCCAAGUGGGUCCGGGGGGUCUGCAGAGGGAGAGGCAGGGGCAGAGGCGGAGGUGGGGGCGGAGGCGGAGGCGGAGGGAGGGAUAGAGACAGGAGACAUGGCAGGAAUGGAAGUACUAGGAGAGGGGGGAGGAGGGACGGGAGGUUCUGGUUCGUCUGGCGGACGCGGCAAGAACAAGAGUGUGGUGGAGAAAGAGCGGCGAGAGCGAAUCAGGUACGCCCCUCACCAGAUGCACCUCCGCUUUCCACAACCGCCCUUCCUUCCCCCAUUCCUGCACCCCCUCGAUCCUUACCCCCACCCCGUCAACCCCCUUCCCGCUCCGUGCCUGCACCGUGCCCUCGUUUCUGCAUCUGCAUCUUGCCUAACUCAGGAGCUGCAGAGGCUACGGCAGGCAGUGAGGGGGCGGGGGGACAUGGCAGCGAUGCUGGACGGGGCGGUGGCGUAUGUGGGGCAGCUCAGGGCGCAACACCGGCAGCUCGAGGCCUCCCUGCUGCAGCACCAGCUCACCUGCACGUGCCCCCAGUGCCACCAGCUGGGGCAGCCGUGA